AAUGGUUCGAUGAUCGAACUGUCAUGAACCGGAGACAUGUCAAAACCCAUGUGCGAAUGUUUAUUACAGAAACAAACACAGUCUGUCAAGAUAAUAACACAUUUUGACAAUUCCUUUCAAGAGAGAAAACCUGUGAUACUGAGAGGACAAAACAUCGGGAAUGUCACAGAAAAAUGGAGUUCAGUGGACUAUCUUGCAGAGAAGGGCGGGGCCAAACCUGUCAAAAUCCACGUGUCACCGGUCCCACAGAUGGACUUCAUCAACAAAAACUUUACAUACAAAUCGCUGCCAUUCAAUGAAUUUGUGAGACGAGCAGCUGAAGAAACGCACACAGAAUUCUUCAUAUCAGAGACAGAGAAGUACUACUUGCGGGCCCUGGGUGAUGAUGUGAGGAAGGACAUCGCUGACGUUCGAGUACAGUUCCCGGAGCUUGCUGAGGAUCUGAUCUUUCCCGACCUGUUCCCUAAGGACAGAUUCUUCUCCAGCGUGUUCCGGAUAGCCUCCAAAGGCCUCCAGCUCUGGACUCAUUAUGAUGUGAUGGACAAUAUUCUGAUUCAGGUCAGUGGCAGAAAAAGAGUGGUGUUGUUUGACCCAGCAGAUGCCCACAAUUUAUAUCUCAAUGGUGACAAGUCUGAGGUGCUGGAUAUAGAGAACCCUGACCCAGGGAAAUACCCAAAGUUCUACGAAGCCACGAGAUAUGAGGGGGAACUGGAGCCCGGAGAUAUUCUUUAUAUUCCAGCUCUGUGGUUUCAUAAUGUGGUGUCUCUGGACUUCGGUGUGGCUGUAAAUGUAUUCUGGAAGCACCUCGAGGACAGUAUGUACGAUAAUAAGGAUACUUAUGGUAACAAGGACCUCCAGCCAGCAGCCCGAGCAAUGCAGAUUACAGAGCGAGCGAUAAAAGCCCUGGAGGAACUACCUCCUGUAUACAGAGACUUCUACGCUAGACGACUAGUCAGCAAGAUCGAGAAAAAAUGUUACAUUAAUUCCGAUGUCACGUAGGGAUCUCAACAUGCGUUUAUUAUUAUGUUAUACUGAAUAUUACUUGUUGAAGUUCUAUUGGUAAAAAAUUCAGAUACAUGAUAUUACUGUUUUAAUUUAGUCAUGAGUAUCGGGGUGGGUUUUUUUUUGGGGGGGGGGGGAUUUUAAUUGUAUGCAAUUAUGAUGCAUGAAUGGAAAAAAUUUUUGCUCUUAUGUUCGACCAUCGUUUUUAUCUGCCAUAAAAACCAACAUUCUGAACUCCCAAAUACACUGUAUUACCUGAUAGAUGGUACAUUAAAUUCCAUGGGUGUUGAGGAUGAAAAUCAACUGCUUGAUUGCUGUAUUUAUUCCAAGUGACUCGUAAAGGAUUAUAUGUGGGAAGGACUGUCCCCCAGUAACGGUGAAGUUUCAAUAUUACUUCAACAUGGAGACAAAUGCUACCUGUAUUUAGUGUUCCAAAUCCUGCGUAAUAACAUAGUUCUUGUCUUUCUAUCUAUCUACAGUGCAAUAAAGAUAUAACUAUAAAUGAU